UCCGUCGCAUUGGACGUUCAUUGUUUUCGUGUCGCGGCAGUAAAACCUCUCGUUUCUGGCCAGCAUGCACCUUCUUUCUUUCAUGAAGCUGUUGUAAGGGAAGUGGGUGAGGAGAGCUCAGCAGAAGAAAACCUUCCCCGUCGGGAACAAUUUGUACACGAAAGACGACCACAUGUACAUCCUCUUCAAAGGUGACGAUUUGCGUGAGAACACGUCCGUCGUUCACGACGGGAGGUUGCCGAUGGGUGUCGCUGCAGCAGUGCGGUUGCCUCCAAAGGUUACCCAAACGGAUGUGUCGGAGAUUCCCUUAACGCCAUGCGAUUGGUUGCUGAGCGCGCCUGAAUGGCGAGGCAGUGUGUACAAGGACAUGGAACGCAAUCCGGCCCAAUUGGUUGGUCUUCUCGAAUUCAUCAACAAAAAAGGAGAGGGUGUCGUCUUCCUUGGGAAGCUGCACGCGCAAAGUUUGUGUGAACUUCUGAAUGUCGGCCGAUACGUUAUCGCGAUGACAGGGAACUCCGACCUAUUGCAAUUCCCGAUGCAAUUCGUCAAAAGUGAGGUCAACUCGGGAGCCAACAAUUGCGGGGUCAUCGUGAAGAAGGCGAAACAGAAUUGUGUGUGGAGCAAGAAGACCGACAUGGGGUUCAAGUUGAGUGAGAGGAAAAAGAACAAGAUAUAUGACUUCUUGUUCUUGCAAACGCAGCCGACGAAGGACACUGAUGUCGAGUACGUGCGGCGCAAAGAACACAUGUUCGCGUUGCUCGACAACUACCACUUCGCCUCCCGCAGGAACGCGAAGACCUUCCUCGAAAGGCUAGAGUCCCAAGUGGCCAUUGGUAUCGAGCCCGAGGAGGAAUUGAAGGUCGGUAGUUACGCAUUUUUAAUCUCCAUAGAUGACCAGGUGGCCAUUGGUAUCGAGUUCGACCCCAAUGAGGAGGAGGAGAGCAACACCGAUACCGUCGACCUGCGGUAUGAGCCACCUCGGGCGGAGCACGCCCCAAGGUCCGCGUCAGCUGGUCCGUCAACAAGCACGUCAUCCCUCGUGUCACCGGUGGCCAAACCGACGUCGGGCACGACCCCGAUGAAGUUGUUGGAGAGAAUGAGAGCUCUGGCCGUCCCCCCACGCACAUUGCGUCCCGGGUCUAAUGUCCUGCCCGAUCAUCCAUCUUGGAAGGAUGACAACAUUCACUUCCUUGGUGAGCCGCAAAGUCAUUCGAAUGACCAGGAUUGGGGCCAUGACAUGAACUGGCACCAAGAGUCAUCCAGCCGGCGAUCCAAAAGGGCAGGUCUCAUGACGACACCACGACAACGGAAGGCAACGAUGGGGUGGAGGGGGGGGGUCGUCGAUCAGCAUCCGUGUACUGGCCCCGGUUCAGAGCAUGCGACGCAGUCCGCCGACCUCUCGACUUCGUCCGCCAGCUCAACGAGGGAGAUGAUGGCAGCCUUGGUUGCUCUUCGUAGCCAUAAAGGCGGAGAGUCCAGGUCCGUUGGGAUCCGAACUACAUGGCCUGAGGUGCCGCGACAGGAGUUGGCCUUGCAGAGCAGGGCGGGGUUGGGGGUGCCGAGCCAGGAUGGCACAUCUGACAAUGGUGCUGUGCGGGAGCAGAAUGCGUCGCCUGAGGGGGAGCGGCGACCGCUUGAAGCGAGAGGGUGCACGAGGAGCACCCUACGACAUGGAGACGACGAAGUCCGCCAAGAUCCGAAGUUCUUCACGGGGGGGGGGCUCGGCCAGGGAUUUCCGUGCCGGCGGGAGGGGCAACGUGUGUGGAGACAGAAGGGCGGUCGUCGGGAUUCAACACGGGUUUGGGAGAAUGGGGUGAAUUGCAUGGAAGGGAUAGUGGGGAGGAAGGGGAGGAAGGGGAGGAAAGGGAGGAAGGGGAGGAAGGGGAGGAAGGAGAGGAGGGGGAGGAAGGAGAGGAAGGGGAGGAAGGAGAGGAAGGAGAGGAAGGGGGAGAAAAAGAGUUAAUUGAAUUGCUUGGAGGAAAAGAGGGUGGCAAAGGGGAUAAGGUCAUCUUGACAAAUGAGGUCCUCGAAAUAUCCGACACGCAUAUUGCAGAAAGUCCCCGGGUUCACGUAAAAAAACAAGGAUAUGUUAAAGGCAUCAGAGGUUGAUGUCGAGAUCGGGAAGAAGAAGCAUGCCAUAGCCAUUGACGAGUGUUUUUCCGUUCUGCCCCUAAAGAAGGGGACAAAUCCACGAUCUAUGACUAGGGGUCAGGCCAUGUAUGAAAAACACUUAGAAAUGUGUCGUGCAAUGAAGGACAAUCCAUAAA